CUCUCGCUCUCUUUCCUCCUCUUUUCUCUCUAUAAAGAGAUGAGCAGAGGAAGAGGGAACGGACCAGUGCGACAGCGUCUCUGCUCCUGCAGACCUUCCCCAACAGAGAGCUCUCUGGCUUGACGUCCUUGCUGCCUUUGCUCUGCUGAUGUUUUAUUCUAAAUGGAUGAUCAAAACGAAGGGGAGCAUGUGGUAACGGGUCUAGACGAGGAGGCACUAGUUGACCAUGGGAAGAGCAGCUUCAGCACUCAAUCAAACUAUGGUGGCGAGGAUUUGGAAAGCCACAGAGCAGUGUACGUAGGUGUCCAUGUUCCUCUCGGAAGGGACAGCAAAAGGAGGCAUCGGCACCGAGGACACAGACAUCACCGAAAGAAGAGAGGGCGAGACUUUGAGGAGGGAAAAGAGGAUGGCCGGGAAUCCCCCACAAAUGACACACCCUCCCAGCGGGUCCAGUUCAUCCUAGGUACAGAGGACGAUGACCUGGAGCACGUCCCCCACGACCUCUUCACUGAGCUGGACGAGCUCUCCUUCAGACAUGGCGGUGCCACUGAAUGGAAGGAGACUGCCAGGUGGUUAAAGUUUGAAGAGGACGUGGAAGAUGGCGGGGAGAGGUGGAGUAAGCCCUAUGUGGCUACGUUGUCGCUACACAGCUUAUUUGAACUGCGUAGCUGCAUACUCAACGGCACAGUCAUGCUGGAUAUGAGGGCCAACAGUAUCGAUGAAAUUGCGGACAUGCUGAUAGACAGCAUGGUGGCUUCAGGCCAGCUGAAGGAGGAUUUGCGGGAAAACGUUCGAGAAGCCAUGCUGAAGAAACAUCACCACCAGAACGAGAGAAAACUAAGCAACCGCAUCCCUCUGGUGCGCUCCUUUGCUGACAUAGGCAAGAAACAUUCUGACCCGCUCUUGCUCGAAAGAAACGGAGAGGGCCUGUCCUCUUCACAUCUCUCUCUCCACAAGACAGGGACAGCCUCCUCUGUCUCCAACCUCUCCCAGAGGCGAGAGUCCAGGGUCUCCAUCCUGCUCAGCCACCUCCUGCCCUCUUCCUCCAACACUGGGCACGCCCCAGGCCCCCCGCUCCUCACCACCCCUCAAAAUACCCCGUCCGCCUUCCGACACUCCUCCCAAACCCACGGCAUAGGCCUUGGCCCUCAAGGCAUCCCGGACGUGGUGGUGUCACCUCCCGAGGAUGACAACCCACAGAACUCUGCAGAAGAAGAUGCAUCAUCACCGGAAAUCAGCCGGCGAGCAUCCUCGGCAUCCCAGGGCCUCGAGAUGAUGCCCUUAGAAGGACCACUGGUGUCUCCAAACUCUUUCCCAAACAACCUGGCUGGCAACAAGGCAGUGGAGAGGAGACCUUCCAAAGUAGGGGUCAGUAGAGAAAGCAGCAGUGUCGACUUCAGCAAGGUGGACAUGAAUUUCAUGAAAAAGAUUCCUCCGGGUGCUGAAGCUUCCAACGUACUGGUGGGAGAAGUGGACUUCCUGGAGAAGCCCAUAAUUGCUUUUGUGCGACUGUCCCCUGCUGUCCUCAUCACAGGCCUCACAGAGGUGCCAGUACCCACAAGGUUUCUUUUCCUGCUUUUGGGUCCUCAUGGCAAAGGGCCCCAGUACCAUGAGAUUGGCAGAUCCAUGGCCACACUAAUGACUGACGAGAUUUUCCACGAUGUGGCGUAUAAAGCCAAAGACCGAAUAGAUCUGCUCUCGGGGAUAGAUGAGUUCCUGGAUCAAGUUACUGUCCUGCCUCCUGGAGAAUGGGACCCCACAAUCCGGAUUGAGCCCCCCAAGAAUGUCCCAUCUCAGAUGAAGAGGAAGAUCCCGUCCCAACUGAACGGAAGUGCGUCUCCAGCCGGGGAGCAGGUAAAGGAUGAGGACCACGCUGGUCCUGAGCUGCAGAGGACCGGGAGGAUAUGUGGAGGUCUGGUCCUGGACGUCAAGCGGAAGUUGCCGUUUUACUGGAGCGACAUCAGAGACUCCCUCAGUCUGCAGUGUCUGGCCUCCGUCCUGUUCCUCUACUGCGCCUGCAUGUCCCCUGUCAUCACAUUUGGAGGGCUGCUUGGCGAGGCGACAAAAGGCAACAUAAGUGCCAUAGAGUCUCUGUUUGGGGCCUCAUUGACGGGAGUGGCGUACUCCCUCUUCGCGGGCCAGCCCCUCACUAUUCUCGGAAGCACGGGCCCUGUUUUAGUGUUUGAGAAGAUCCUCUUCAAGUUCUGCGUGGACUACGAACUGUCCUACCUGUCGCUGCGGACCAGCAUCGGUCUGUGGACGGCCUUCAUGUGUCUGGUCCUGGUGGCCACAGACGCCAGCUCCCUGGUCUGCUACAUCACCCGCUUCACAGAGGAGGCCUUUGCCGCACUCAUCUGCAUCAUCUUCAUCUACGAGGCUCUGGAGAAGCUCUUUCACCUGGGGGAACAUUACCCUGUCAACACGCACAACAACUUGGAAAACCUUACUAUGUAUUCGUGUCAGUGCUCUCAACCGGUCAAUGCCUCAGAUGAGCUCAUGCAGAAGUGGAAUGGGACAGGAUACAGCCCAGACUCAAUCCCAUGGAGCAGCCUCAAUGUUUCGAUGUGCAAGACACUCCAUGGGGAGUUUGUGGGUCCUGCCUGUGGUCAUCAUGGGCCCUACAUCCCAGAUGUUCUCUUCUGGUCUGUUAUCCUCUUCUUUACCACCUUCUGCCUGUCCGCCUUCCUUAAGCAGUUCAAGACGGAGAGAUAUUUUCACACCAGGGUGCGAUCCACCAUCAGCGACUUUGCUGUGUUUAUAACCAUCAUGGUCAUGGUGUUGGUGGACUAUUUAAUGGGGAUCCCUUCUCCCAAACUGAAUGUCCCUGACCGCUUUGAGCCAACUUCAAAGCACAGAGGCUGGCUGAUGGAUCCGUUAGGAAACAAUCCCUGGUGGACGCUGCUGGUGGCAGCUCUUCCUGCUUUGCUCUGCACCAUCCUUAUCUUCAUGGACCAGCAGAUCACCGCUGUCAUCAUCAACCGCAAGGAGCACAAGCUCAAGAAAGGCUGUGGCUAUCACCUGGAUUUGCUGAUAGUUGCAAUAAUGCUGGGCGUGUGCUCCAUUAUGGGCCUACCUUGGUUUGUGGCUGCAACAGUCCUCUCCAUCUCCCAUGUCAACAGCCUGAAGGUGGAGUCUGGCUGCUCUGCUCCAGGAGAGCAGCCCAAGUUUCUGGGCAUCCGGGAGCAGCGUGUCACUGGAUUUAUGAUCUUUGUCCUCAUGGGCUGUUCUGUUUUCAUGACCUCGGUGCUCAAGUUUAUUCCUAUGCCGGUCCUGUAUGGCGUCUUUCUCUACAUGGGGGUCUCUUCCCUCAAAGGCAUUCAAUUCUUUGACCGAAUCAAGCUGUUCGGCAUGCCUUCCAAGCACCAGCCCGACCUGAUCUACCUGCGCUACGUGCCGCUGUGGAAGGUCCAUGUCUUCACUCUGGUGCAGCUCACCUGUUUGGUGCUGCUCUGGGUCAUCAAGGCCUCCUCAGCUGCUGUGGUAUUUCCCAUGAUGGUUCUGGCGCUAGUCUUUAUCCGAAAGCUUCUAGACUUCUUCUUCACAAAGAGAGAGCUGAGCUGGCUUGAUGACUUGAUGCCAGAAAGCAAGAAGAAGAAAGAGGAUGACAAGAAAAAGAAAGCACAAGAAAAUCUGGGUUCCAGUGCGGUUUUCACUCCGGAAGAAGAGUCCAGACUGUACAAAGAAGAUGCGAGGGAACUGAAGGUCAGCUUUGAAGGCGCGAACCUUCUCAACAUCCCCGUGAAAGCACUGUCGGGGAGAUCAUACAGAAUAGGACUAGUGACCCACAGCCUCCCAAUGGAAGACGAGGAGAAAACAGAAGAGUUGAAAGCAGUGAACUCAAGUGCAGAGUCAUGCCUCCAACCUGUGAAGCGUAGUGAAAGCCAGGAGAAGAUUGCCUGCGUUAGAGUCGACGUCAGCCCCGAGACACCAGGAAGGAGCUCCCCUACCGAGACCUUCCUGUGAUGAACGUAGGCCUUCCUCCCCGUAUUGACACCUCCCCAUCCUGCACCCCCAACACGACGCGUUACCCCCGCCGACGAGCACCAUCUCAGCGGCCAACAGGGGCACAGCCUGCCUGCAGCGGUCCCGCCUCCAGGGCGGCGGGCGAGUGCCGCUCCACCCGAGGUCUCGUUAGCGUGCCGCAGAGCGCACGGCUUGCAGGAACGAAAGAACCCGGCUGUUAACCUCCCCGCCGGCCCUCACUGUUCAGCGAAUGUCUCUCAAACUAGCAAUUUGUCACGUGUUGAAACCACAGAUGCCAAAGGAACGGUGGUGAGGAUUUUGGGCUGGUUUUACUUUUAUCCCACUGUAUAUUUUCAUUUAUUGUCGUUUUAGCUGAUUACCAUACUGUACAUUUUGGGGGGGGUUUGUAGCUCAUCCACCACCAGUUGCCCCGUGCGGUUUUGUUUCCGUGUAUUUUAUGUUGGAUUAAGACGCCCAAGUCCACCAGCUUCACAACUCGCUUGAUGAAAGCCAUUCAGGUACUGUCAGUAAACCAACAAACCAAAACAGAGGUACGCUCACAUAGAUACUACCACACAUCUUUGUAGAAACGGCUGGUGAAUCUUCUCUCCUGUCCGCCGGGGAACACUCAGUAUUGAUGUUGCUGCUCAUAAGUCAAUCGGUUGUUUUCACUGUAAACCUCACUGUUAUUGUAUGUACUGGUAUAGAAAUGUUGUGUAUUUAUGUAUGAAUACUGUUUUAAUUUUACAUUACAGGAAACCUACUUCAGAGGCCAUAUGAAGUCUGUACUGUACAGUAAGCACUUUGCCAGUAUAGUUUCUUACCAAAAAAUGGAUCUUAGCGUGUUAAUAUCUGCGUUAAUUAUCUUUAGAGCUGUUGUUCAAAUGUCAGUUAAACCACUUAAGAAUCUUGAAUGAUUUCUGACUGUGGACACUUGAUAUAUAUAUAUAUAUAUUAUUUUUUUUGUCACCCGGCAGUGAGAAUUAACUGUCCGCUGUAUUCCUUUCAUCGUUGGUAUCACAGCUAUUUUAAUAAAUGCUGUAAGUCAUAAAAGUAUUUGCAACCCAGUUAGAUGCACCGAUUUUUAUACUGUCUGUAUUACUGUUGGUAAUAGAUUGUAUGUGUGCGUGGCGUUCAGAUAACUGUUUAUUGUUGCAGAUCAUUUUAUGCAAGAUAUUUCUAUAGUAAGUGUAAGACAAAACUAUAUUCUAAGAAGUUUAGCUUAUUUUGCUAAGUGGAGUUCUGUUUUAGCAAUAACUAUUCCAUACUGUGCAACGUAUGGACUCACAAACCUGGCUAAUAUUCAGGCAAAGAAUGAUUGGUGCAAUAGUUUUUUGUGUGUUUUCAGCAGCUCUGUGUGCAGCUACAGCUUCUAAACGGACAAAAGCUACGUGCCUUGUCGAAACGCUUCGUGUGUUAAGUCUCGCACUGAUUGUUUGUGUUUAGAACAGCUGUACCGGCACAGACCUGAUGGCACCCACAUGCCAAAGACGGGCCGUAUUCAUCUCCAGCAGUGAGUCUGUCGCCGAGUUGCUCCACAUCCGUGUGAAAGUGGUAGCCAGAGCCACCGACUCAAACGAUGUAACUCGAUGUAUCUUCUAUUUGCAAAUGUUACUGCUGAUACUGUUUCUGUGUCUUUGUUGCCCUGGCGCUGCUCUAGCGUUUAAUCACAUUUCAUAUCUAUUUAAAACGAUAUUGAGGUACUUUUUUUUUCUUUUAUUCUUGGAACGGUCAGUGAAUGGCACACUUUCUUUUCUAUCGUCAAAGUCGGUGAAAUUUGACCAAAACCUCUUUAUUUUCCAAAAUAAGCUUCAAUUUAAAUUCAGUCACAAGUAUUGGGCAAGUUAUUCUUACACACUGAUAUAAAAAAUGUGAGCUGUCGAUCGGUAGAAUCCACACAUUUACCAAUGUUUAUUUUGAUAAGAAUAACCUAUUUUCACACGACCUUGGUUUCAACAUUGAACAAUAAACUCAGAGGUGAAUCAUCUACGUCAACGGCAUAGAUGUGGAGAUUUUACACUCAAUCAUCACUUUGUAAAAAUGCAUUUGUACAGAUGCACAACAUCAGCAAACCACCUGGUAUCCUGUUGUGAGAUUGAAUGAUGCAUCCUCUGUCCUGACUGACCGGCGCAAAGCAAUAAAAUAAAUACAUGGAAACGUUG